AUGUGUGACAAAGGAAAUGAAGUAGAAUUCAAUUCAAAAAUCUGCACCAUCACUAAUCUUGAUACUGAUGAAGUUGUCUUAAAAGGUAAGAGACAAAUCAAUGUUUACAAGAUAUCGAUUAUGUCACUUCCCCAGAGUGAGCACACAUGCUUAAGUGUAGUGGAAGAUGAUCCACUGCUAUGGCAUAAAAAACUGCGUCAUGCCAGUCUUUCUCAACUCAACAAGUUGGCAGCAAAGGACUUGUUCCUUGGUCUACCAAAAGUUGAGUUCUCCUCAAACAAGGUUUGUGAGGCAUGUGUUAGAGGGAAACAUGUAAAGUCACCUUUUAAAUCUAAAAAGGUUGUCAGCGCCUUCAAACCUCUGGAACUCCUUCUCAUGGACCUAUGUGGACCAAUAAGAGUGAGGAGCAGAGGAGGUACGAGGUAUGUUUUUGUGAUUGUAGAUGACUUCUCCAAGUAUACAUGGACUCUGUUUUUGGGAUCUAAAGAUGAAACCUUUGAGUUCUCCUCAGAUGAGUUUUCCUCAGACAAGAUCAGGCCAUGGAAACAUCAAAGAUCACAUCCUCUUGAGAACAUCAUCUCUGAUCAAAAUGCAGGAGUGCAAACCAGGUCAUCUCUGAGAAAUCUACGUGCACUCACAACAUUUCUCUCACGGGUUGAACCUAAGACCAUCAAGGAAGAUCUAAAGGAUCUAGAUUGGAUUAUAGCCAUGCAAGAGGAGCUAAAUCAGUCUGAAAGAAGCAAGGUCUAG